AUUAAUGAUGUUACAACAUUCCUUAUUAACGAAGCUGAUAAAGAAGGACUUGGUUCUAAAACAUUAAGUUUUUCACCUAAUCAAGAGCAGUCAAUAGUUACUGGUCAGCCAUUUCAGAACGCUGAUGAAUUCAUUGGUAACAAUGAAUUCACAAGAGGUGGCAAAACUGUAAAAUUUUCCAAUCUAUUUUUCGAUAUAUUAAAUGAUUCUGCUAUAAAUGGUUGGAAUUCUCCAUGGACGAAUAAGGACAUUAUUGUGCUUACUAAUGGCGCUUGUGUAUCUUCUUGUGCACAGACUGCUCAAUAUCUAGCAGAACAGGCUAAUAUAGCUACUGUUUCUGUCGGUGGUUUAUAUGAUCGAAGUAUGUCUUACUCUUCAUUCCCUGGUGGAAAUGUAGUAAAUGUAAAUGAUCUCUAUAAUCAAAUUAGUAAUAUCACAAGUAGCACCACUGAUUCCCCUCCUCAAAUACCAAAAAACUUUGCCACUGAUGUUGCAAUGUUUUUCUUAACAUUAACUUAUAGUGAAACUCAUGAUUUAGAAUUCCCUGAUAAGAUAAAUGAAUUUAUGUUUCGACCAGCUACCCAUAGAUUAUACUAUGAUGAUGAAAGUAUUCUUAAUCCUAGUAGUUUAUG